AUGUCGUCCACCACCUUCCACAUCGAAGAGUGCACCCCCGCCGACGUCGCCUCCCUCGUGCACGUCUACCUCUCCGCCUUCACCCCCGAACCGAAUCACAUCGCCUGUUUCCCCAACACCACCUGUUCCUGGUCCUCCCAAUCCGCCUGGCUCACCAACCGCUUCGGGAAGCGACUCAACCACCCCGGGCCAGGAGAGCGGCAUUUCAAAGUGAUCGAGACGGCGAGUGGUCACAUGGCGAGUUUCGCUCGGUGGGAGUUCCCGCACACUCCUGCGCCGGACGAGGCUACCGAGGCGGAUGUAGAGGAGGGGGGAAACAUGGAUGCGGAUUCCCUGCCCGAGGGCGCGAAUGUGGCGGCGUGUUGGGAGAUGUUUGGCGGGCUGGAUCGGAUGCAGAAGAAGUGGGUGGUGGAGGAGGAGAUGUAUUUGAUGGGGUUGUUGGCGACCGGUCCGGAGUUUCAGGGGAGGGGGUGCGGGACGAUGUUGUUGAGGUAUGGGUUGGAGAUGGCGGAUCGCGAGGGGAGGAAGGCUUAUAUCGAGGCGACGCCCGCGGGGUUGCCGUUGUAUAAGAAGUUGGGGUGGGUGGUGGUGGAUGAGACGGAGAUUGUGAAUGCGAGUAGGGAGACGCCGGAGGACGAGAGGAGGUGGAUUAAUUGGAUUAUGAUUAGGGAGCCGGUGGCUAAGGCUUGA